AGUCAGGAUAUUAUAAAGAGGAAUGGACUGUGGACGCAAACUCUGGAUCUUUGUUUGAAUCAUGUUUGUAAGGGAGGGCGUGUGCUUGCCAUUAGCUGGAGAAUAAGAUUCCAUUGGGAUUAACCCGUCAGAGAGCUGACUGAACCAGUAAGAACCGGGCUGGUGUAAAACUGCUGGCAGAUCAGCCAAUCAAACCUCAGUGGUACAAUGCUGCCCCCUGCAGGAAGUGCUGUCUCUGAUAAUCAGGCGUGUCCAACAGGAAGAGGGAAGUACAGUUUCUCACUGGUGGAAGCUUUAGUUACAUAAGGGACCUUUUAAUACGAUUUCAAUCUAUAUUUUUCAGAAAUACAGGAUUUUCUGAUAACAUAGACAGAGAAAAAAUACCAAGAUGAAAAGAUAUUUGAGUCUAAUUUUAAAGACAGUACUUAGCUUCAGUUUCUUGUGACAGCAGCAAGUAAAAGUGAAACUAAACUACUGCAUUUAGCAGAAAUCAUUACUGAGCUCAGAACAGACCGAGACAGAAUGGCGUCUGGAUUUUCUCCCCUGGAAGAGGAGCUCUCCUGUCCUGUUUGCUUUGAAAUUUUCAGGGAUCCUGUUGUCCUGAGUUGCAGUCACAGCUUCUGUAAGGCCUGUCUGCAGCAGUACUGGGAACAGGAGGGAUCUCGGGAGUGUCCAAGAUGCAGGAGAAGAUCUUCUAUGGAGCAACCUCUCCCGAACCUGUCUCUGAGGAAUGCCUGUGAGGCUUUCUUAAAGGAGGGAAGUCAGAGAGCUAAAGCAGGAUCUGAAGUGCUCUGCAAUCUGCACAGUGAGAAACUCAAACUCUUCUGUUUGGAUGAUGAUGACCCUAUUUGUGUUGACUGUUUAAGAGAAAAACACAGAAAUCACAACUUCUGUCCAAUAGAGGAGGCUGCUCUGAAAUAUAAGGAGAAACUCAGGACUGCACUGGCUCCACUGCAGGAGAAGCUAAAAGCCUUUAAUGCAGUGAAACUAAUCUGUGAUCAAACAGCAGAGCACAUCAAGAGCCAGGCCCAGCACACAGAGAGACAGAUAAAGAUGGAGUUUGAGAAACUUCAGCAGUUCCUAAAAGAUGAAGAGGCAGCCAGGAUCACUGCACUGAGGGAGGAAGAGAAGCGGAAGAGUCAGGUGAUGAAGAAGAAGAUUGAGAAGAUGACAGAAGAGAUAUCAUCCCUUUCAGAACAAAUCAGAGCCAUAGAACAGGAGCUGGAAGCUGAAGACGUCUCAUUCCUGCAGAGCUACAAAGAUGUGGAGAAACGAGCCCAGUGCACAUUGGCAGAUCCAGAGAAGGUCUCAGGAGCGCUGAUUGAUGUGGCCAAGCACCUGGGCAAUCUGAAGGACAGAGUGUGCGAGAAGAUGCUGGGGACUGUUCAAUACAGGUCAGCUGAUCUGAGGAUUGUCCUGCUGGGUCUGACAGGAGCUGAGAAGAGCAGCACAGCCAACAGCAUUCUGGGAAAGAAUGUGUUGAAGACUUCGUGUCAUGCAAAGUCUGGAACGUUCACAUGUCAGGCUGGAACAGCGACUGUUGAUGGGAGGAAAAUCACAGUGAUUGACACACCAGGGUAUUUUUGUGCUGAGUGCACUGAUGAAGAACUAAAACCUGAAAUAGCCAGAUGCAUCACAGAGUGUUCCCCUGGACCUCACGCCUUUGUCAUAGUGCUGCCUGUGGGGAGGCAGACAGCAGAGGAGAAGAAAGCAGUGAAAGAGUUUCUGAAAACGUUUGGGGAGGGAGCACUGAAGUACGCUGUUGUCCUGUUUACACAUGGAGACCAGCUUGACGACGACGUGACCGUUCAGCAGUUUGUGGAUAAACAUGACCACCUGAAAACACUUGUCCAGAAGUGUGGAAACCGGUUUCAUGUCAUCGAUAACAAAUACUGGAAGAGUCCCACUGAAGGCCAUGAUGAUGAGAGAAGCAACGCCGCUCAAAUCAGAGAGCUGCUGAACACGAUUGAUCAGAUGGUGGAACAGAACGGAGGGAAGCACUACACCAACGAGCUGUUCCAAGCUGUGGAACAAGCCAUAGAAGAGGAAAUGGCAAAGGUUGAAGCUGUAAGAGUGAAAAAACACUCAACCUGUACCUGUAGCUGAGGUAUCAAAGAUGGGGAUGGGACUGGGGGCCUGCAUGGGUAACAGAGGGGGGGGGGGGGGUAACAGAGAAGCCUCAGAGACCCUCUGGUGGAUCUCAGAUUGCUGAGUAAUCCACCUCCCGGAGGGGGGGGGGGCAGUAAGAUUGCUCUGGUGGAUCUCAGAUUGCUGAGUAAUCCACCUCCCGGGGGAACUGUGAAGGGGGGGCAUAGCCUCAGGAACAACCGAGAUGCUGUCGAAACUUCGGUCGACAGCUCGCCCCCCUUUCCGCGAUCUCCCCCGAAGUUAAGAUCCCCUCCUGCGGUCGAAUGAUCCCUCGCCCCAGCUCGCCGUUUCGCCUGCGCGUGUGCGUCACACUCACAGUCCUCCAGGAACUCAUUAGGAUCGACGAAGAUGAAGAUGAAGGUCGCACACUGGAGCCGCACGCCGUAGCUUUCCUGUCCUCUCGGCCGGCAGGAGCAGGCCCAGCCACGACAGGCCCAGUCCCUGAUAAUGCUGCAAAUCUGAGUCUGUCCGCAGCAAAGUAAGAUUCACUGGUGAAUACAAUGGCAGAAUAAAAAUUAAAAAUAAAAAUAGCACUGUCUAAACAAAUACAUAUAAAAACCCCACAAUCUGAGUAAAUUUACAAAAUUUAAAAUAAAAAAAACGUACCUCAUUGUGUUACAGACCAAAGGCACAAAUGAGGCUAACUACUGCAAAAAUAGAUUAAUGAAUAAAUGAAUUAAUUUGAAUUAUUAAUUGUAUUACAAAUAAAAUUCUAAAUUAAAAAACCUGUAAAAUAAAAACUGAUAUAAACAUAAAAUAAAAACGUUAUUCAGGAUGUAGAGGAAAAAAUGAUUAAUUUUGAAACAGAGCCUGUAAGAUAAUUCUGGUAAUUAUUUGUGUCAAUGACCUCUGGCAUUUUUAUUUGUUUGUUGAUAAUCACACUUGUAUGCAAGAAAAAAAAUAUCUUUUAACCUUCCAAAUUCCCAAUGACUUUCUACACAUUCAAAUAAAUAUUUAGGCCUAAUAUUCAUAUUUCAAAUUUUCCAUCAAAUUUGAUUAAGUAAUUUUAAUGUAAGCCAAAACAACAAACUUAUAAAUGUGAUGCAUAUAUAUAAAACAAACACAAAUGAAACAAAUAAAUAGAUUUCCGCAAUUAUUAUAAAUAAAUCCAAUGUGUUUUAAAUACAUCAAUAAUAGUAGAAUACAUAAUAAUCACGUAAUUGUUUCAUAAUCUAGAAUUAGCCAUAUAUAAACCAUCCUCAUAUUUUUAAACUGAUUGAAUCUAGUUUGAGAAUUAGCAGAUCUAUAUUCAUUGUAAUUACUCUGAAUAAAUAAAAUAAAACCUAUUCAAUAUCUGUUAUUUAAAUAUAACCAAGUUGAUGUGCUUGCUUAACUCCAUUGAAUGCCUGGAAUCGUUUUUCUGAGUGCAUAUUGUACAUGAUCGUUUUAUUCAUCUGUCAUGGAGGAAACUCCUAUUUUUGUGCAUCGUAGUGAAUGUACUUAUGCUUAUUAUUCAUGAAGAUCCUGUUAUAUUUAAACCUACUUACUGCAUAAUACAUUUUUUAAACACAAGAGUUCAGGCAUCCUCUCCCAACCACUGAAUGGGAGUGGGUAAGGAACUGGACUUGUAACCGAAAGGUGACAGGUUCGAUUCCUGGGUAGGACACUGCUGUUGUACCCUUGAGCAACGUACUUAACCGAAAUUGCUUCAGUAUAUAUCCAGCUGUAUAAAUGGAUACAAUGUAAAAUGCUAUGUAAAAGUUGUGUAAGUCGCUCUGGAUAAGAGCGUCUGCUAAAUGCCUGUAAUGUAAUGUAAUGAAUAACUCAUAAUGCAGCAAGUGAGCAUAAGCUGCAAUAGAAGCAAACGUAAUCAUUUCUGCAAACUCCUUUAAAUAAUGUAAAUACUUGUAAAUACAAAUGACGAAUUCAUGUUCGGGGAAGAAAUUGCUUUACUGAAUUUCUGUGUCCGGGCUACGGUCUUUCAGUGAGUGAGAUGCACAAAGUCCUGUCUAAUUCUGAAGACUGCAUAGACAGCACCUUUCCUGUCUUCUGCAGCAAACUGCUAGCAUAACAGAUUUGUCUUUUUUCUUAUAGCUGAACAAUGAAAAGGGUGAACAUAAAAAUAUAAUUUUCAAUUGAGCUGUAUGUUCUGUAAAUAUAUGCAAAGGUGCAUGUUUUAUAACUGCCGAGAUUUGUGUUCAAUAGAAUUUAUUGAAGUACAAUAAAAGCAAUUUGACUGUU